GCUUCUGAAGUUGCAAAUGAUAAUAAAGGGAGGUCGGUUCCUGGUGGAUCAGGCUAAAGAGGAAAACAAGAUCCUAAAGCAGCAAAUUGAGAAGCUGUCUUUGGAGGCUGUGGUUCUACAGAAGAAGCUCCUCUCCAAAGAGGCUAACAGCAGUGGCGCUAUUGAAAAGCUGCAGGCGGAGCAUGUGAACAGUCAACAGCAUAUCAAAGACCUGGAGGCAAAGCUAGAGACAAUACAAAGCAAUAUUCAAGUGAAAAUAAAAGCUCUGGAUGCUAUUGAGGAAAAGAAUGCUUCUCUGCAUGAAGAAAUCAUUUCAUUGAAAAAUAAAUAUCACGUUUUUAAUAGAAUUGGGGGAGCAGCACGUUCCAUCUCAAGCAUACCUCGAUGUUCACUCCAGUUCCAGCAUUCUUCGGAUUACAAAGCAAGCAUUACACCCAAAUGUUCAGACAAAGUACUGUUUUCACAGUUUUCUCAGUCCGGUUCAAUCGUCAACUUGUUCUCUGGAAAAUCAUCUUCCAGAAUGGUCAGAUUUCCCAUAUCAUCACUUAUGACUCCUGACAAAGAUAAAGAUGACAACAAAGAUGCACAUGGCCAUGGAACAUCAGAAUAUGGUCAAGCUCCCAGAAGUGGCAGCUUUUUGCUACAAAAACAAUAUGAUCCUUGCUCCAGCUUCUCUAAUAUUGGAAGUGAUGUACUUGGACAAGGUCAGGACUAUGUCAGAUCUUUAUUCUCUGGGUCCAAGAAGAUUGGUACAGAUGCUUCACCAAUGGAUAAAGGAAAACAACCUAUUCCAUCUGAAUAUUACAACUCUUCAGCAUCCAGUGCUGUUGGGAACCUUAAAGUAGUUGAAGUUCAUUCAGGUGGCCAUUAUGUGAAGAUACUAAACACAUCUCAAGAUAUAGAAGAGGAGAUUGGAAAUCAUACUCUCCAGCAGAACCUCAACGGACAUCCCAUAGCAGUUUACAGAUUCCCCCCAAGGGUCAGAAUGAAGGCUAACACUUCAUUAACAGUGUGGGCUACUUGUUCUAAAAUGCCACAUAAGCCUCCAACAGACUACCUCUGGAAGGAUAUGGAGAAAUUUAAGCCAGGACCAGCAUGCACCACAAUCCUUUGCAAUCCUACUGGGCAGGCUGUCGCUUGGUACACUCCCAUAAACUGGAACCAAAAGCAAACAAAGGAAGAUGAAGAAAACGGUAAAAUGAGUAACAACCUUAAAGAACCCAUUAGCGGAGGACAUCAGCAGCAAGAAACUAGGGCAUUUGACUCAUGGCGAGGAAGUGUCAGUCAAAGUAAUACAAAGGAGAAUGAACCAGAAUUUAUUUUAAGAGAAGAAAAGAUACUGCCCACCCUGUUCCCUGUUCAUAAUCCUUGGUGUCAAAGUCCCAACUCAUCCACACAUCCUUACUAUGUUCAGGAAAGAUAUAUAACCUUGGGCGACAAGAGCCACAUGUACAGCCAAACCAGAUCACAGCCAGUACGACCGGGUCCAGAUCCUGACAUUCUCUACACUACAAAAGACAGCAGUAGGAGCACAAGUGCAACAAGACCAACUCGAUCCAUAGGGGUGGAGAAAAGACUAAUCUUAUGACCAGUGAGAGGCCAAAAGUUGAGACACCAGUCUUCUGCUCUUAGAAUAUGUAAAAACAAUCUUGUAAGGCAACCUAGUAGUGUAAGCUAUAAAGACAUUUUAAAGAGAGUUGAGUUCAUUACACUGACAUGGUUAAACAUGAUACCGCUCUAAGUUAGUUGUUUAUAGCUGAACAAGUAGAGUCAAUGAUAUGUACAGACUGCAUACUCAUGGUUGUGCUUCUCACCUAAUGAAAAUAUAAACACGUCUUUGCAUUUUAACCUUG